UCUCGAGAGACACCGUGAUGGCUGACUUACGAAGGGUGGAUGUUUGAUAGCCUGUAUAUUUGGAAUACAACAUAUUUUUAUGUAAUACAUUUAAUAACACGAGAAUUGGGAUACAUAAACCAUCAGAUUAUAAGUAUUUUGUGGGCAUUGUUUAUUUGGACGAUUUGAAAGUGCCACUUCAACUAGGAUGAGUGAUAAUAAAGGUGACACGAGCGAGCCCACCUCAACCCUAGAAAACCCAUACGAUGAAUCUGACAAACAAAAACGUAUCUUCAAGAUUAUUGUGAUAGGGGAUUCUAAUGUUGGAAAGACAUGCCUUACUUUUCGUUUUUGUGGUGGAAAAUUUCCAGAAAAGACUGAGGCUACAAUAGGGGUAGAUUUUAGAGAAAAGACGAUCGAUGUUGAUGGCGAAUCACUUAAGUUACAACUAUGGGAUACAGCAGGGCAGGAACGUUUUCGCAAGAGUAUGGUACAACAUUAUUACCGCAACGUUCAUGCUGUUGUCUUUGUGUAUGAUAUGACUAAACUAAGUACAUUUGAAAGUUUACCGACAUGGAUCGAUGAAUGUGAUAGACACUCUCUCUCACCGGAUAUACCUCGUGUUUUGGUCGGCAACAAGUGUGACAUACGAGAAAAGGUUUUAGUCACAACCGGAAUGGCGCAGAAAUUUGCAGAUGCAAACAACAUGCCGCUGUUUGAAACUUCAGCAUUGGAUUCAAAAGAAUCAGAAAAUGUGAUAGCGAUAUUUAUGACUCUUGCGCAUAAACUUAAAACGCACAGGCCAAUGAUGUUACCAUUGUCUACGCCGGCCACAGAUGCGCACAAGUCUAGGAUAGUACGAGUAGACGAAAAGCCGCAUUAUGAAUUUGAGAGGGACUCGGACGGCCCAUGUCCGUGCUGAAAGUAUAUUUAUCCAACGAAAAACAGUAAUGCAUCGUCUGCCGAAAUAGUCAAAGAUAUAAAAUAUUACACAAUAUUUUCUUGUAUGUGAAUUGUAUAGGAUUGUAUAAAUAUCUUUGUGUAACUUAUUGUCUGUGAUAUAUAGUUAUAUAUAAUAUUAAUAUGAUUGUACACUAUAGUUAGUAUAUGGACACAUGUACUGUGUAGAUUAGUAAUAAAGGUCAUAGGUCAUUUAAGUAGUCUUUAGCUCUGUUGACCCUCAACCACGUAAUGAGUAGCAUUGCAUAUAAUUAUGUCGAAUAGUAGCCACCAAGAUAGGCUUGAAUAUGAGUACAGUUUGCCCUCCAAUUUAAGACCGCUCUAAUUAUAAGACCCUCUAAUUUGAGACCACCUUUUCAAAGUAUCAACUAGCAUUAACAAUUUGCAACACAAAUUAAACUUUCUAAUUGAAGACCAAACUCUGUGGUCUCAAUUUGGGGGAUGAACUGAAUUUGACUAAGUGCCCAGUAAUUUGGUUUCAACUAAGAGCCCUGUAAUUUUGUUCCACUAUACAAGUUAAAUGCAUGAAUAAAUAUGAAGAAGCUUCACACUUUCAGAUUAUGAACAAUCCUGCAAAGACUGUCGCUUGCACGUUGUUCCUACGGUCCCAUAAAAAAAAAUCGCAAAAUUACAGAGAGUGUACACGUGUGCGUUUGUAGAACAAGCACUGUUUCAAGACCUGUUCUGACUGGUCAACUGUUAAGUUCGGUUGAGAUUCCGGAAUGCUCCAUUUCAAACAGCAUUUUUUUAUGUACUUAUGUCCUAAUGUUUUCGGAUCCCAAUGUAUUGAAUUUUCAGUUUCAUUCAGUUGAUUUAUAUUUAAUAGUUAAAAUCAAUAAAAUUGAUGGCCUAUAACUUGGAUUUGUGUGUUAAAAGAUGACUUAUUUUGGACAAUAAUGGUAGAUUAAAAGUUAUAGACAAAAAUUGCUUACAUAACCACUAUAAUGAUUCUACUGGAACACUAACCAUAUAAAGCAGGGAAAAUCAAAUUAUUCCUUUAUCUGUAUAGUUUUGGUGCAUUUUAAUAUAAUUUCUAUAUUAUAAAAUUCUAUUAAUGUAAAAAAACUCAUCACAAUUAUGUUAUGUUAAAAUUUUUAACCUUCAAAAUUGUAUAAUGCCAUAAAAUACCCAGUAAAUAUUCAUUAUCACAUGAGGUAUUGCGAAUGAAUUAUUAAAAUACUAAGUUACAUAUUUUAUUCAAACAAUAUUAUAAAUGAUAUAUUGUACAAAACUUUCUUUUUGUGGUAUUUAUAGAAUUUAUUGUGUUAUUACUGUAUACUUUCAAUUUUUGUUUCCAAGGAAAUCGACUUUUUAUAUUCAUGCUAGAUAUUUAAUUAUUGUUGUAGUGAUGGCAUUUUAGGCUACGUAUGUUUAAUACUUAUGCUGAAAUAGUGCAGUAAUCAUGUUUUUUGUAAAGAUGGUAGAUUGCAUCCAGUACAUAUAAUCACUGAAUAGAUGGUAUUAUUAUUAUUAUUAUUUAUAAUAACGACAUUGUCAUAAUAGUGAUCGACCAAGGGCCGAUGCGAUGCAAUGCAGAGUGUGCAAAGAUAAAUAUGAGAAAGCAAAAAAAAACUAAUAUUGAAGAAUUUUGAUAAGGCAAAUGGAAAGGUGAUUAUUGGCUGACAGCAAAGAGUAUAGAAAUGCAAAAGCUCCGACUGCCCUCAUUUUGUAUGCAUGCAAUGGAACAUUAAAAAAAGCUCAUCUUUUGAAGGACACGCCCUUCAUGGCAGUAAUUUUGAAAUUGGAUAGCAUUCCCAAGAAACACAGGAGUCGGACCUCUUGUUUGUAGUUCUAUUAUGUGCUCUUUGCUGACCACAUGAGUUGAAAAGACCUUGACUCACAUUGUCAAAAGAUGAGUGCAAAGGGCGCCCCUGCAAUCAAGUGAUAUUUAGCAUUAUUUAGCAAUGACAAUAUAAUGAUUCCUACAACACACCAAAAUAUUUUUGAAUGCAAUGUAAGUUUGAAUAUAUUAUAUUAAAUAUAAUGUAAUCUAUUUUUGUGCCGUUUACUGUCUCCGAGUGUGACUAUACUUUACGUAGGUUGAUGGAACGUUGCCAAAUAUGAAUUAUGUAUUAAUUAUGGUGGUAAUGAAUACUCUGUGACUGACAACUCUUUAUGUUGAAUAGUAAAGUUGUAUUUUUGAAGUGUGAA